AUGGAUGAAGUAUGUGUGGAUCUGACUGGGGACUCUGGGGAUGAAGACUUCAAUGUGAACUCUGAGCAGCAGCAGCAGCAGCAGCAGCAGCAAACAGAUGAGGAGGAGGAUGAGGAUGACUAUGAAGAUGCAGAAGAAGAAGAGGAUGACUUUGAUGAGGCAGCAGCAGCAACAGACGAGGAAGCAGCAGCAGCAACAGAUGACGAGGAAGCAGCAGCAGCAGCAGCACCAGAUGAGGACGACGCAGAAGCAGCCGCAACAGAUGAAGAAGCAGCAGCAGCAGCACGAACAACAGACGAUGACGGCCCAGCAGCAGCAGCAGAUGAUGAAUCAGCAGCAGCAGCAGCAACAGAUGAUGAAGCAGCAGCAGCAGCAACAGAUGAUGAUGCAGAUGAAGACGAAGAUGCUUCCGAUGAGUACGGAGACAGCGAAGAAGAGGAAGCAGCAGCAGCAGCAGAAGCAGCAGCAGAAGGGGACAGUGAGAAGGACGCGUCAGCUGGGGAGUGCUCCGGUGCAGAAGCAGCAGCAGAAGAGAGGCCCCUUAGGGGCAGCAGCAGGAAGCAGCAGCAGCAGCAGCAACGACAGCAGCAGCAACGGCGUCGCAGAGGCGCAGGAGCUGGGCGAGGGGCUGUCGAUACACCUGAAUCUGUUGAGCAUACACCUCAAAGCAGCAACAAAUGCCGCAGCAGCAGGAGCAGCAGCAGCAGCAGCAGCGACAGAAGCGACGAUGCUGCCUCUUCUCCUUCACUAGAGAUCUCGGGGAAGGAGGAGCAGCAGCAGCAGCAGAGGUUGCUGCUGAGUGAGCAGAGCAGCAGCAACAAGGGAAGCGCUGAAUCAGAAACACCAGCAGCAGCAACUGUUACUGCAGCGCAGCAGCAGCAGCAGCAGAACGAAAGGCUGCAACAGCAGCAUGACGAGCUGAAGCAGAUGCUGCAGCAGCAGCAGCAAACUGAGGGCUUUUCAUUCCUCCCGGGUAUCGCGAGAGCCCAG